AUGCAUCUCAAUUUUAUACUUCCGCAUGAAGCACUUUAUCUUCUAACCUGUGUUAGAUAUAUGAAGGAAUUGUGCUGUGAUUUUAAUGUUAUGGAAACACAAGGAGAAAAAUCUUCACAGGAUGAAAAUUCAACAUGGGAAACUUAGUUGGCACCCAGAGUCGUCAUUAAUAUGGAGUUAGUAUUACAUUAUCGAACUAAUCAAGACUGCUCAGAACUGUCACAGAUUGCAGAAAGAUUGCUGGAAGACUUCCCUCAGAGACCAUUACCAAGAUUCACACCGUGGUUUCCAAACAAUUUACAAAGUUUACCAUUGAAGCCUCAAAAAUGUCCACCAAUUGUUUCAAAAGAAGAGGCAAAGUUAAAUGAUAAAUGUUUGGUUGAGAGAGAAUUCAUAGCAGAAGCUCAAAAUUAUGAUUGUAUGGAUAGUCUUCUGGAGUUUUCCACAAAUUUGCAAAGGGAAAGUCCUGUGAUUGAGUUGGCUGCAGUGGAAUUUUUUUCAGGAAUUGGUUUGCAAUGUGGAAUUACAACUCAUGAAUACAGGUCCUGGAGUAUUGCAACACACAGCAGACAAUGGAAAAAGAAUAAUUCUACAAUCAGUCAAAACUUUCAGAUAAUCAAGGAAAAGUACCAGUUGCACACUUUUCAAAGGGUAAAAUGGGUCAUUGGUCAAUCCAAUUGUGGUUCCCAGAAACUCGAGGAAGUCUGGGUAAAACUGAGCAGUGUUAUUAAAUAUGGUCAGCUUCCUGGCUGCAAUGCUAAAAUACAUGUACAUCAUUGUCAAAUAUGGACUUUCUGUGACUUUCUGUGCUGUGAAUAUGUUGGUAAUCUGAUUAAACAAGUAUUAAAUCUUACGGGAAAAAUCAGUUUACUUGUACAUAGACAUGGUAUUAUUUAUAGGUUAUAGUUAAAUGUUAUUUUAAAAGCAAACUGCAUUUGAUAUAUAUGAAUUCCACAAUACUGUCUGUGGGCUUUAAACCUAAACUUGCAUAUAAUGCUGUAAAUUCGUAUGUAAUACUGUAAAUAUGAAUUUGCAUGUAAUGCUGAUUAAAUAAUCAAACUGUCUUAAUUUUGGAGAGAUCAUUAUUUUGGGUGCCAGGUGUGCUCCUCUAUCCUCAGAGAAAACAGUUGCUCAAAUCACAUUCCAGUGAUUGGCCCAAGAGCAGUAGUAAGGGAAAUUUUAUUGUGAUUGGAGUGAUUUUAUCUUCUAAGAUAUUAAACUAUUCAAUUAAUGUAAAAUAUUCUGAAGCACUACAGAAUGACAAAUAAUAAAAUUUUGUCCAGUACUAUAGCAAUAUUGAAUCCUCAAGCAACAUCACCAAAACCAGAUAACAGGUGAUUAGCAAAUUGCAAUUUGGAUUGUGCUCUGUGCACAUUGACCACUAUUUCUUGCACCAUUACAGUUUAAGAUACUUAAUUGGCUUUAAGUGGCCAAGGUUGUUCUGUCAUGCCAAGAGUUAUAUAAUUCUUUUUCUCUGUUUAUUAAGGGGGCCUUUUUCCUGUUUUGCAGAAUUCUGUGAGGCUAGUUGAUUUUAAGUACAAUUAGCUAUUUUAUAAAACUUCAACAUUUUUAGAAGAGAAGUAUGCUUAUUAGUGAUUGUAUUUUAUGUAUGUGUUUUAUUGAGGCUCUGCAUUAAGUUAUAUUGUCAGUAUAAAGCUGUGAUUCUCAGGAAUGGACGGUUAGACUUUGUUAGUAAUGUGAAGUUGGACGUUUGAAUCGGUAUGGUGGUCAUAGUGCCACAGUUGGCUUUAUCCUCGGAGCAGAACUGAGGAAGAAAAGGCAAAAGCUUUUGUCCUCUGAUUGUUUAUCUUCUGAUCUUUGCUGGGAGAGUGUUAGUUUGAGAACAAGAUCAAGCUUGAUUAUAGUCGGUCUCCAUAAUUGAUUUGAUUGUUGAUAUUUGUGUACGCUCACUUUUGAUCAGUUGGGAGUAUUUGGAUGACAAUAGCCUUGCUGAUGCUGUGUUAACAUUCCAGCAUAAGAGAAAAGAUGUGGCACAGUGGAAGUAAGAGAUAUUGCAAACAAUCUGAGUAAGUGUAUAUUGUCUUCACCUCAUCAAUGGAAAAUAUUCCAAUUGUGAUGCUGACAUUACAAUCAGGAGCUACAGCAGUGAAGAUUCUAUUUUAUGUAGUGUUAUCAUUAAGGAAUUACAAAAACGGGAUUGAAGGAAAAGAAUUUUGAUCAGAAAAUAACAGAUUAUUUUAACUCUGUCCUUUGUGGACCAGGCUAUAAUCUAAUGGAAUCUGUGGCUAUUUUUAGCUAAAAAUUGAUUGCCCUAUCAACUUGGCAAGUUUAAUAUGAAUCUGAGAUAGCCAAAGAAACAGUUUGCCCUUAUGCUAGAAGCGAAUUCUGGUGCUAUGUCUUAAUGAAAAAUGUAUUAGGCCAGCAAUGUAUUUCAUUUCUUAGUACAACACUUUCAAUUGAGAAGGAAGGGGCAUAAUUGUUAGAAAUGAAUUGAGACUGUAAAGCUGAAUCUUGCAUUUGUACAGAGCCCUGGUGAGACCACACCUGGAGUAUAGUGUACAGUUUUGGUCUCCAGGGUUAAGGAAGGACAUCCUGGCUGUAGAGGAAGUGCAGCGUAGAUUCACGAGGUUAAUUUCUGGGAUGUCUGGACUGUCUUACGCAGAGAGGUUAGAGAGACUAGGCUUGUACACGCUGGAAUUAAGGAGAUUGAUAGGGGAUCUGAUUGAAACAUGUAAGAUUAUUAAGGGAUUGGACAAGAUAGAGGCAGGAAAUAUGUUCCAGAUGCUGGGAGAGUCCAGUACCAGAGGGCAUGGUUUGAGAAUAAGGGGUAGGUCAUUUAGGUCAGAGUUAAGGAGAAACUUCUUCUCCCAGAGAGUUGUGGGGGUCUGGAAUGCACUGCCUUGGAGGGUAGUGGAGGCUAAUUCUCUGGAUGCUUUCGAGAAGGAGCUAGGUAGGUACCUUAUGGAUAGGGGAAUCAAGGGAUAUGGGGACAAGGCAGGAACCGGGUAUUGAUAGUAGUUGAUCAGCCAUGAUCUCAAAAUGGCGGUGCACCUCGAAGGGCCGAAUGGUCUACUUCUGCACCUAUUGUCUAUUGAAUAAACCCAUCCAACUCUUCUGCCGCUAA